GUCUGCUGUGUGCUCAAACUACCAGCAAGGGCGACGCCGCCGAAGCUCUGGAGGAAUUGUGUAUACUAAACAAACAUUGUUGGAUUUUGAAUUGUCCGGAUUCCAAAAUGGGCGGAGGUCGCUGCAUCUUCCGGAGUUGCCCCGUAACUAGCAAACGGAACCCAACAAUGCACUUUUUUAAGCUACCUGUGCCUGAUUCGCAGCGUGUUAUGGUUUGGUUAAAAAAUUCGCAAAAGCUUGAGUUGUUAAAAUUAACUCCAGAACAGCAAGCAAAUCGGGUGGUUUGCGCUCGCCAUUUCCGAUAUGAAUGCUUCAUGAACUACAAAAUGGAUCGUCUUAUACCGCAACAGACACCUACACUCAUACGCAUAAGAAAAGACCUUGCAAUUGAUCUUGAGAACAUUGGGGAUAAUGGAGAACCUGCGCUUGUGGAAUUACCGCCGCCUGUUUUGCCGCAUUUAAUACCGCCGAAAGGUUUCAAUUGUCCCCUUGGUUUUGAUAAAGAACCAUCGCCUUUGCCUUUGCAGUCGGACAUAAAUGUCGUCCACACUGUUACUACGAGAGAGAGAAGUUGCAACUCAUACGGGAGGAUUGAACCGGAAAAAAAUCCUGCGAGGGAAAUUAAAGUUUACACCAGGACAUAUAAGAGAAAGAUGCCCGCAGCUAAAAGCAUUCAACCCGCCAAACAAGUAAUCAAAAUUGAAACUGUAUCUGUUCCAGUUAAUGACCUCCACCACGCCGAACAUCCUUUAGUGGGAAGCGAAUCAGACGAAGCACAUACUACUUUUAAAAGAAGCACGACCGCAAUUGACAAUACCGAACCUAUAGUCAUUAGCGAUGUUGAAGAGCCAACUCAACUACAGCCGCAGGCAACACUACUUCAGAAAUCACUAGAACUGCUGCAGCAAGAUCAUAAUGCGCUAAAGGAAAGUUUCGAAUCACUUACAGCCCGCUAUAUCCUCUUGCAACAGUCCAAUAUCGAGCUGAAAGCGAUGUGCAACGCCACAUCGACUACAAAAACCAUGCCGCCACAAUUGACAAAGCCCCAACUAUUUAAUGGUGUCAAAAAGUAUCUCGGUCCGACAAUGACGGCACUCCUGCGCAUGGAAAUGUUUGGUGGUGCGGAGCGUGCUUGGAAACCCGAUGAGAAGCAGUUUGCCAUGGAGCUGUUACAGUUGGGCGAUAAUAUCUACAAGCAUUGCAGCGACGAGUGGCGUUUUCGUCUGCCUGCCAUGGGUGAGAUACGUAGUUGGCUUAGUGAUAAAAAUGCCAUCGCUGAUGAUGUUAAUCAGGACAUUUAGAAUUAAAUUUUAUUAAUAAAUUUAGCAAACAAUAAACCGAUUAGUCCAAAUGACAUAUAAUUGAAUUAUCCGUUGCCUGCAUGACACACACGUCGGGACUGGAGGCGUCACAAAAAUGGUUCUGUGGGCAAGUUCCAAUCACUGUCGAUGGGGUAGUGGCCCCAAAACAAAAUGCAAAAGUGGUCCGCGAUGUGCAGGCAAAUACGCGAUCUGAGUUGCAA